GUCAUUUCGGUAUGUGACCAUACGAUUAUUAUUUAUUCAAGACAGUUAAAUAGUCGCUUAAUUCUUUAAUAACCAUCAACACUUCUGAACUUCCUAACAUCAUAACAUCAUGACUAAAGGAAUACUUAGAGUUACUAUUGUUGAAGCCAGAGACUUGAAAGAUAAGGACAUUAUCGGUAAAAGCGACCCUUACGUUAAACUUAUUCUCGAUAAACAUAACAUUCAAUCAACUAAACAUAAGAGUAACAACUUGAACCCAACAUAUAAUGAACAAUUUAUCUUUAAUAUAAACGGACAGAAAAAACUCGAAGUUCAAGUUUGGGAUAAAGAUACAAUCUUGAGAGAUGAUUUAAUUGGUGAAGAUGAUAUUAAACUUUCUGAAGUAUUCUCUAAAGGUUACAUAGAUACCUGGCUUAAUUUAACAAAAGGAAAAUUUGGUAUUAGAAGCAGAGGUGAAAUUCAUUUAAUUUUGGAAUUCGCUCAAUAAUUUAUUCUGGCGCAAUAAUUUUAUUCUUUUUUUAAAUUUUUCGAUAUAAUUUUUAGUUUAGUAUUUUUAUCUUAAUGUAUAAUAUUAUUCAUAUAAUUAAUUUUUACGUCAUGAAAUCAUAUUAAAGUAA